CUUGUUUACAUUGCGCUCUGUGUUUUUAAGUGAUUAAAAAUGUUUACCAAGAGAAAAAAGUGUUAAUAAAGCAAAAGUGUGAACAAUAAAGUGACUAUAAAUCGUAUGAAUAAUAAGACAUCACUAAACUAUUGACAAUAAAAGGUGAAAACUACAAAAAUCCGUCCGGAACUAACGAUCACCUACGUACCCACCCUACAUAAAAAGUGAUUGACUAUAUGUGCAAAAGUGACAAUUAAGAAGAAAAAUUUAAAUAAUAUUGGUUCGUGACAAUUAUCAAAGUGAUUUAAAUAAGUGAAAUCCAAUAAAUGACUUAAAACUGCAUUUAUAAUAUAAAUCUAACGACAUUAUUGAUAACAGCGCCAUCUAGCGAUUAGUGUAGGAACAAUUACAAGAACCACCAAAGUAAAGUAUAAGGAACUUUCUACCUGUUCGAUCGCUGAUCAAUAACAAAUUAGUCUUCAAUUAUCUCAAUAGAGGGCGCAGAUAUCAAAGUCAAAGCAAAAUGAGUGGACUAGAAAAACUGUUAACAGAUAUGAGAGCUGAGAUGCACGAAAAAUUUGCAAACAUAGAAAAUUCCAUAGCCAAAUCCGAAGAAAAAAUUACGGCCAAUAUCAUCAAAAUUAUGGAUGAAAAAUACAAUAGUUUACGCGGAGAAGUGAACUCUCUGCACACCAUAACAGAAGAACAAGAAAAGAGAAUAAACGAAAUCGAGAAGAAAUCAGUACAAAAAAACCUGGUAUUUUUCGGCAUAAAGGAAGGUGAAAAAUCAUAUCUGGAAUUGGAAGAAAAAGUUUGCAAAAUUAUGAGAGAAAAAAUGAAAUUAGAUAUAUCUGCGUCACAAAUAGAGUCUAUUAGAAGAAUCGGUAUUAAAGGGAACAAAACUAGACCAGUAUCCGUUACCUUCACAACCCUAGGCACAAAAAUAAAAAUUUUAAAGAAUAAACAAAUGUUAGAAGGGUCGGGCGUAUAUAUUAAACAUGAAUAUCCGGCAAAAAUAUUAAAAAUCAGGGAAGAAUUAAAAUCGCAACAAAAGAUUGAAAAAGAAAAAGGAAAUGAGGCUUUUAUUCGCUACGACAAGCUUAUAAUAACAAAUAGUAAGAAAAAAACCAGUAACAAAAGAGCACCGUCAUCAUCUCCGCAGCAAUUACGUGACGACAGCACUGAAACAAGGGAGCCAGUCAAGACGACGAAAAAACACAAGGAACAGGCCGCCAGGAAGAACUCGAGCACGCUUUAAAAAGUAUAAAUUGGCACAUACUAGGACUCUCAGAAAUAAGAAUGAAAGGGACGAAUUUGCAGGAACAUAGAGACUAUAUGCUACUAUAUACAGGGCGAAAAAGCGGUAGGAACGGUGUGGGAUUUAUGAUAAAAAACGAUAUGAAACAAUACAUCGUUGAUUUUAAACCCAUAUCCGACAGAGUAGCAAGAUUAGACCUCGUGAUAAGAAACACCCAACUCAGCAUUAUUCAAGUAUACGCCCCUACAAAAAAAGCUCCCGAAGACCAUCUAGAGACAUUUUAUAACGACAUUCGCCACGCAAUGACAGAUACUUACGCAAACAUGCUCAUCAUGGGAGAUUUUAAUGCGAAGAUUGGAAUGCCCACCCCUGAGGAGAGCGCUAUUUCAGGGCCAUGGGGAUACGGUACCAGGAACUGUCGCGGUAAAACCCUAGUGGACUUCUGCCUAGAG